ACUGCAAUUUUAUUUUCUGUCUUGGCGCUUGAUGGCAUGGUGAAUGUUUCCGUUUGAACACAAGAGGGAGCUCCUGGCCACAGUUUAGUUCUCUGAACUGGGGACUCCAUUCAAGAACUAAGAAGCUCACAAUUCUCAACACUCCUCUUUCUGCUGCAGCAUCAUCUAUUGGAUGGUUGGAUAUUUUGAAACACAUCAGAGGUGCUGAAAUUGAGCCAAUCUGUCCACCAAGAUUUACUGAUUCACCGAAUUAUCACUUCAUCUGGGGACUGUCUUGUGUAAUAUGAGAGUGAGGAAUUGCCAAAACCAUCAAGUCAACAAAACAAACACAAGCAUGAGUGUUUGUGUAAUAUGCACCUUUUUCAUGCUACACCAAACAUUUUUGAAUAUAUGGGAUGGUAAAGUUAGAUGUCAAAACUCUCUUCCAGCAGCCGCUUGUUUGUAGCGAGACCUCAGGCCAGUCCAUUACGGACCACAGUGGGGUGACGCAGCUCAAGUAGGAACAUUAAUGAUCAUUUCUUUAUCAUUUGCUUGACGUAAUGAUUGCCAUAUUAAUCAUUUUGCACUGCAGACGCGGUAGUUCUUCUGCCAUAGCUUCUUGGUCUGAUUGCAUUCCCAUUAAAUAAUGAUCAUAAAUGUUCUUCCUUGAGCUGUGACACCCCACUGUAGUCCGUAAUAGACCGACCUGAGGUCUCGCUAUACACAAGCAGCUGCUGGAGGUAUUAUUUGUGGCUAUAUAGUGGUGUUUUGGUUGAGAUAUGUUGAUGGCGUUACUAAAGUUGGUAUAACUUGGUAUAAUUGGUAAAAUAGUUGGUAUAAUUUUACAACGGAAGAUCCCUUUGAGGAUAUAAGUAAAUACCAUAAAUUGCUGAAAUGAAACAAAUGAAACUUCUCCAGGUUUUAUGCAGAGCAGGACUUAUUUUGACCCCUAAAGUAAAAGUCUUCAUGGCAGAAACCUCCUCAGGUUAGUAAACCUGAUACACGUGACCUCCAGUGACUUGAUCAUCUGAUUCCUGUUUUCCUAGAAAACCAAAUCCUGAAAAUCGAGCAGCUGUGUUUAACCCACGCGGGUCCGGAAACUUUGCUGUCGAGUGUUUACAUUUGGGUUACGUCGCUGUACGCUUUCGUGGAAACACUUUAUCCAGACACAUACCUGCGAGUUUCGUGAUUUAUUUACAGCCUGUCUGAAUGUGUGCGUUUGUGUGUGUGUUGGGGGUGGGGGGUUGUUUUCGCACAAUUGUCAAGGAUACAGUAUGAAUGACGUCAUUACGGGAACACCCUUUUCUAUUUAAAGCUCCGUCGCUGCCGCAGGUCCUUAAACUAAUCACGCACCAACCGAAAACCAACAAGUGAAGCGAUUUCUGCUCACGGUAUGUUUGCAUUUGUUGGCACUUUGAUACUGUAUGGUACAUUUUUCUUAGAGGUUUAAUUUUUCUGAGGUUUUGUAGUCGGUGUUAAGUCUGUGGUAAACACUGACACGCCGUUGCAGCAUCAAAUACACUCCGGAAACUCCUAAAUUGCGGGUUAGUGAAACUAUUUGGGCGACUUUUUGUUUAUAAAAGUACUUUAUUAUUGUCAAAGUAAUUCACUUUGGUAAAAAAAAAAUACUUUUACUCAUAAUUUCGAUUACCACUGCGGUCACUAAUGUAAAAACACCGAUGCGCAUUACAAAUAUAUUUUAACACAGGGAUACCCGAAGUAAAAUCAGAUAGUGUACGCACCGAAAUACACUACUAUUUUCUUCAUUGUUCGUCUUUUGUCACGAAAAGUUCGCGUGAAAUCCAUGCAGAAAGAUACUAGAAAAAAAAGGGGGCGACCUCCUCCUUUGUUUACAAUUUGAGCGCUUGAACAUGUGCACUGAACCCCUAACGGUGGUAUUAUUUCCUAUGGUACAUGAACGCAGCAUAGCUGACAGACCACAGAUCCGGAGCAGGGCGGUAUGAACCAGCUUCGUCAAGCACUCUGUGUAGACCACAACACAACACUUAAUACGGAAACGAAACUUUCAAAAUAAAGGUACGAAAAUUAAGUUUGUCUGCUCUGAGGAUUUAAAAUUUUUUUAUGGAAGUUUAUUUUCAACAUAUAUAAAAAUGACAAUAAUAAAAAAGUGAGAUAUACAACAACAAACAAACAACAUUAAUUGUACGUAAUAGCUUCAACUACUGAUAUUCUCUCUAUGAACAGUUGGGAUAAAACACUUGAAUAUUACACUUUUCCUCAUUUUAUUGGUAAAAACGUACAAAUGUUUUUAUGAUCAUGCAUUACCUCUAUGUGAGGACCAGUGAGAAUGUUCAAAACAACAACAACAUUAAUCAAAGCAAAAAUGUAACAAGAAAAAUUUAAAAAACUAAGAGUAAUAGUAGAAUAGUAAUAGUAGAACGUUGCGGUCUGCAACAUUCAUCUCUCUAGGGGGUGUCUAACUCGUUGUUAUGGUGUGUUCGACCCUAAACUAACUUUACGCCGGAAUAUCUCUUUAAAUAAUUUGCUAAAUUAGAGCACAACCUACUGCCACGUUGCAAAAUAUCAGUUGAGACAUUUUAACUUGAAAAUACAAACCGGAAGUCAUACUAUUACAUAUAGUUAGCUUGAUGUUUGCGAUUGUUGUAAGCUAACAGUGGCUAAAAGUGGCCAACCUUUGUUUAAAUAUCUCCAUUUCGUCUCGUUUAUGGGAUGAGUUUGGUCGUUUGGGAGUCAGCGACGUUGUGAUAAUCCAGGUUCUAUUUUUGUAUUCGUGUUUUUGUCGUUUUUAGUCGAAGCCGGUCUCCUUCACAUCGUCCCGCUCUUUGAAACGGAGCAGAGAUGGGUGUUGAUAGACUAACGGGUCGCUCAGGUUUUCUCACAGUCGGAAUGAAGUCUCUCUGCAGGAUGAGCAGAUCACUCUCUCUCUGAUCCCUCCAUCUGCGAGGCUGCACAGAGACCAUACAUCCACUGCCAACAUCAAGGAGGUAAUAUUUGCUGUCGUGACUGAGGUUUCUGGUGUGUGUGUCUGUAGGUGAUUGCUUUUGUGACCUUUAAACAACAACUAGAGAUAGCCAACUAAAAGUCUCUCUUUGUAAGGGAUCACUUUGUAUUUUUUCACAAAGUUUUAUGUUCUUUAAAUAUAGUUAACCGUGUACUUAAACCUUGUUGUGUGUCUUUCAGUUUAUUUCUGUCUCAAGUAUCCAUAACUGGGCCAACUAUGGAGACUUGUCAGGUGACUUUAGCUGUGAGAGGAGAAACAUCCCCAGGUAUUUAAAGCUGCUCAACUCAUCUACACACACACAUCUAAAGAAAGAAACACAACCCUUUUCACAACAUUGCCAUUAACACAAGAGUUGAAGUACUUGUGAUUCACUCUUAUUGAUAUUCCAUUUUAAAAUCAAUGAUCUGUUAUUAAACUAAGAGCAGUACUAAGAGAUUUUAUAAUAACCGACUGCCAUAAUAAUGCAUUUACUUUAGAGAUAGUACAGUUAAUUAGACAUGUAAUGUGUGCAGACACUGCAGGCAGCAGUGUCAGGGCGACUGCUGAUGAACAACGUAAACAACUCCCUGAAAGAUAAGAGGCUUUCCCAUCCUUUAUGAAAGCAUAUCCUUCCUGAAACAUUUACUGGCGAGUGUUUGAGAUGGAUUUUUGCAAUAUAAUAAUAGAAGAUUAAAACAGUAAUGGUCCAAUACUUAUUUGCAUAUUUCAGAGGGUUUAGAUUGGGGAAAUUUGCUCAUAUAUGUCAAAAGCAGGGUGCACCAUAUAGGCUAUUUUUAUACCCUUGUUUAGACUCAUUUCUUUGUUGCAGAGAUAAUUGUUUCAUCAAUUCUAAUCUGCUAAUUAGAGAUAGUCCAGUUAAUUAAAUAACAUUUCACUUCCUCACAUGACAUGUAAAAAAUGGACAGGUAAUAUGUGCAGACGCUGCAGGUAGCAACGUAAACAACUCCCACAAUGAUAAGAGGCUUUCCCAUCUUUUAUGACAUGAUAUCCUUCCUGAAAUGGUUACUGGCGAGUGAUUUAUAUAGACAACAACAGCAGCGUAAUAUUGGCAAUCAGCCAGCCUGCUAUCUAAUUAUUGGCAUUGGCCUUUAGAAAAUUCGUAUGGGUCCACCACUAAUUUGCAUCUUUCAGAAGAGUGAGUUUUGGGGAAAUUAGCUCAUAUUUGCCAAACAUGUAGGCUGUUGUUUGACCAUUGUUUAGACUAGUAAUUCUCAACUGGUCUCACUCUAGGACCCACAUUUUCCCAAAGUCCUUAAGUAGCGACCCACUUUUAUAGAAUUCAAACCAAGCAGAUUUAUUUUUUAAUUAAAAAAAAAAAGAAAAACCUUUAAGAUUCUAAUCUUUAACAUGAAUCUACUUGUUUUAUUGAGUAAAGACAACAUGAGGACGACAACUACUGAAGUUGCGUAUACAGAACAUAUCAAAAAUCUAAUAAAUAUCGCAUUAAAUAUUUACUUUUUUGACCAGCUGUUUGUGACCUAUCCAGAACGUGUCCGUGACCCACUUUUGGGUCGGGACCCACCAGUUGACAACCACUGGUUUAGACCAGUUAACUUGUUGGAGACAUACUUUUUAACAUCAAAAUGUUCAUUAAUCCUAACCUGAUCAUUUCUAGGUGAGGUGAUCGCAGUUGUUGGUAGCUGUGAAGCCCUGGGAAGCUGGAGCCAUCAGAAAGCUGUGACCUUACACCCUGAUGGGAAUGACGGGUUAGUUACACUUUAAGUGUAAAGUCUCACACAUUAGAAACAUGCUGUUAAAGUAUAGCAGCUGCGGUGUACCUUUACAAAGCUCUCCUCUGUUCUCUUUCUUCAAAUAUUCACUAAAGCAUGUCAUCCCUUGACAGAAACACGUGGACUACAACCCUCACUGUUCCUAAAGGAGUUGUUUCCAAGUAUCGGUAUUUGAAAGGCUUCUUUCUGGAGUCAAAGGUGAGCAUAUAUUAGUGUUACCUUUAAAAGUGCAUCUCAAAAAUAGCCUUCUGAGGGUAAAACAUGCAGUUAUGCGAAAAGAAAGUGGAAAAUAACUAAAUUCAGUGGGAUUUCUUAGUGUUGUUGCAUGUUGUGAAACAUGAUCAUAUCAGGUUUUCUGUUUCAGCUCAUUGGCAGGAAGUAGGAAAACCAGCUCUGUCAUUCCUUUUGCUUCCUCUAUGACAAGUAUUUAAUAACAUUAGCUGUAUUUACAAUAGUUUAAGUCGGAAUCAAGCCAAAGAUUUAUGUAUCAGCGUCUCUUAAUCUGUAUUCCUGCCAUAAGAAGAGUCAUGAGUCAGUGUCAAGGUCCAGGUUGUCUGAGCAGCAAAGAGUCAGCUGGUGCGCUAUAAUCCGAGCGUGUGAGCCUCUGCUAAGCUCAUCUGUGUCGAGAAAACGCAGACACACCAGGGAUGAAAUUCACCUUGAAAAGAGAGAGACAAGAAAAAAAAACAAGUAACUUUGUUAUUAUUGUUGUCUCUUUCAGGUGUGUCAUUAUAUUUUAACUCAAGGGUGAGGCCCGUAUUGUAUGAGAGGUCUGCCCUGACUCGACUUCAUUGUGUUUGUUGUUUGAGCACCGCCCUUGCUUGGCUUUAGACACGUGUCCAUGUACAAGUGUGCUGACAAAUUCAUGUGGUCUGAGUCACGCUUGGUAUUAAGUAAUAGUGGUUAGUGAAAUACAUGUGGAAGCAUGACUCGCAGCAGAGCACUCAGACUUUACACUUCUCAAACUGUUUUAAAACUAUUUUAAAUGACCAAUGUCAACUCAUAUGGCCGUCGGCUUGUGAAGUCAGUAUGAAAAUAGAGCUUUUGACUUGACUCUUGGGCUUGAGCGCCAAUACCGCACAGACAUCUCAUUACGGAGGUUCUCUGUCUUUAGAGACAUGCUGCCAAACUCUCCCCGGAUGUUUCUGGUGCUGCAGAGAAAUGCAAAAAGUAUUACAAACACAAACUAACCUCUAAAUCUUUUAUGUUUGGUCUACUAGCUAGUUCGUGUUUAACUAAUGCAGUGGUUCCCAAGUCCAGUCCUCGAGCCCCCCCGUCCUGCAUGUUCUGGAUGUUUCCCUGCUCCAACACACCUGAUUCAAAUGAUCAGCUCGUUAGCCAUUUCAGAGCUUGAUAACGAGCUGAUCAUUUGAAUCAGGUGUGUUGGAGCAGGGAAACAUCCAAAACAUGUAGGACGGGGGGGCUCGAGGACUGGACUUGAGAACCACUGAACUAAUGUGGCACAACUGACAUCAGUUUAUGGGGCCUUAUUUGCAGUACUUAUAAUUUUGUAAUAAGCCAAUACUAGCAGUGAAAGUAUCAACAAACUGAUGUGUCUGUCACGCUGGAGUUAACCUGAAUAGUGUUACUUUAAAAAAACAACAACUUUAUUAUCAUUUUAAACUCUCAGAGGUCAAAAUGUGAUGAUUAAUAACACAAAAAAGUAGAUAAAUGUGUCACUGAAGAAUUUUUUUUUUUCCCCUUCACUAACAAAUCCACUUUUCAGAUUCCAUCCCAUGCUGGCUGACAGCCCGACAUGGGGAUUGGUGACUAUAACAGCUCUAAUUUCUCUCUCUCACCCUCUGCUCCAGAGCCGGGCCAGAAAAAAAAAAAGUAGCGCACUGUAUAUUUCAUGUGAAAACCCUAACAUUUUACCAAACGUUGGAAUUGCAGAGUGCAGGUGGUCCCUGUCAAGUGAUAGUCAAUAUGUGGGAGACCCAUCAGCAGCCUCGCACGAUGAGCCCCACAGGUAUAGAACAAUGAUCUAGAGGUGUAACAGUGUGUGGGGGGGUUUGGUGAAGUUACAUGUGUCAUACUCAAACCCCCUGUAGACCUCCCAUUCCUUGCGCUGCAUUUAUAUAACGUAGAGAAGAGGGUCAGCUGUUGUCAAAUUUGACCUUUGGCUUGUUCUUUUUUCCUGCAUCAUAAACAUCAAAAUCAAAAACAUCUACUGACUGCAGUAUUUCCUUCAAACACUCCUUCAUUUACUUGUCCGGCUGUUUGCAUGCUUUAGCACUAUAGAGCAGAUAAGGGAUAACACUGAAGUAAAUAAAUAGAUUAUAGAAACGACAGGAAACACUGAGAAUAUGUGAUGAAACUUUCUAGCUGAAGCACCACCCUGUUAGCCUUACACACACAAAGCUCAUUCAGAAUGAACUGGAUUGGACCAGCAGUUGCCAACCCUAUCUGCACCCUGCUUCAUGUCCUCUUUGACCCCACCCGUUCUUGUUUGCAAAAGGUAGCGGAGGAAACAGGAAAAACAUGUUGAUAAUUUAAAUAUUAAUGCCACAAAUGUUUAAUUUACGUUCUCUAAUUUCAUUAUAAUCACGUUAGAUUAACCUCAAUAACACGAUCAGGAUCAGAUUUUUUCAACUGUUUUAUAACGUUGAGGCAAAUCUAAUUCAGAGCAGAGCCGAAACUUCCAUCUGGUUUUAAGAGUUUUACCAAAAUUCAUGAUUUUUCUUCCUGCUCUGCUUCGAUUUGAACUCAACCUGUGAGCUCUUUGGAUUCUUGUAUUCUGAUUUUAACACUCUUUUCUUUUAUUGCAGCUUCCCACCAAGAUUUUGACGAUGGGCAAUUUGGAAUCUACAGUAAGUCUGCUUCAAAUGCUUUUGCACUUUUGUACGUUGCAGUUUAUUGCUUACUACACUCCCUACACUCCCUAGAUUUCCUUUUUAAAAAACAAACAGUCGUCCCCACCCUGCUUUUGUCACUGCCGCUUAUUCUCUUGUCAGCACUCAAGGGAGACAAAGUGGACGUAUACCGUCAUCUGAUCCUUCCUGUGUCUGCUCUUUCUCUGUUUUUUUUCUACAGAUGGGCUGAACUGUGUCGACUCCGGGUGGCUGACAUGCCAGACAGAGAUUCGCCUGCGUUUGCACCAUUCUAAGGUGUCCCCGGUGUCGAUCACCAAGAAGAAAUACAAGAAGUCUCGCUUCAGGUGAGGGUGACUCAAGAGUCGGAAUUCAACACCACUCAGGGAAAGUUCAGCUCAACAGUGAGAGGAGACGAUUACCUAACCUGACCUGUAACCUAAGUGCAACGAUAAUCCUCCUGUCAGUGAAAGAAGCGGAAGUCACCUUUUAAGAGAUUUUUUUUAAAAUGUAUUUUCUUGCCUGAACAGAAUCAAGCUGACAAUAGAGGGCUUUGAGGAGGAGGGGGAGGAUGAUGAGGAAGAUGAGCCAAGUCCAACAUCAUGGGAGAAGAUGACCACCACACUGGAGAUGAGCAUGAUCAGUCCAAACGGCUACAAGUCCCGGCACUCGCAGCCCGAGUGUGGGUAUGCACUGGAGCCCUCCCGGUGGACCGAGUACAGCAUCCACACCAUGGACCCAGACAACCUGGAGCUCACCUUUGAGUUCUUUGAGGUAAAAUUGGUGUUAAUAGAGACUACUGUUCUCAACAAGAGGAACUUAGUUGACCUCUAUGGGGAAAUAGAUGAUUUAACGCUGAUUUGGAGUUCUCUUUUUCUUGUUUUGCCUGCAGGAGGAUCUAGGCGAACAUGUCGUCCAGGGCGAUGCUCAUCCAGGAUUUGUGGGCACAGCUUGCCUCCUCUCCUCCUCUUUCCGGGAGAGCGGUAAAGACACUGGCAUUGCCACUCUCCCCAUAAUGGGUCGAAAUUCCAGGCAGACCCUUGGGAAAGUCAGAGGUAAGAUUGCGCACCAAAGAAUUCAGCAACGACACAGAUUAGGGCUGGGCGACAUGGCCUCAAAUCAGUAUCACGAUAUAUUGAGCACUUCCACAUUAACUUUGUCUAUGUCAGCCGCCGCUACAACUUUUAAACCGUCCUCCAUCUCCUCACCUGUCUUUCCCUCUUUGUUACGGUCUGAGUCACGUCUUUGACAACGUCUUAAAGGGACAUGAGACCAUAGCCUACCUACACACAUCCAAAACCAACUUUUAUUCAUUUAUUGUCUUGACACCGAAUAUGCCUAUAUGGGCAAAAUGACGUUGGUUAUUGUCGUAAAUUUUGGCAUUGGUAAAUUUUCGGUUGAUCGUCCAGCCCUAACACAGAUACAUUGGAAAGUAGAAAGUGAAAACUGUAACAAACUUUUCUGCUCUGUCCUAGUGGAUUAUUUGGUGAUUCGGCCAAUUCAGGGCCUGCAGUGUGACAUGAGCUCGACCUUCACGAAGUACUGGAAGAAAAAAGGUGCCCUGAAUGUGGGUCACAGAGGAGCCGGCAGCUCACAUGCAGCCAAGUGAGUCCUUAAUAACACUCCUCGAGUGCCUUGCAUAGCGUGCAUACCGGGAGUGGAUAGUUAAGAGCCUUACAAUGCGGGUCCGUAGGGGCAAGUACCUCUGAAUGUUCCACAGUGUUUCUUUGUCCACAAACUCUCUUUCACUUUGGUUUCUACAGGCACCACAGGGUCAGGGAGAACACAAUCACCUCAUUCAAAAGUGCAGCUAAGCAUGUAAGUGAGGCACAUGAUUACAGCAUGGUUUGAUAUUUGUCUUUGAAAUUAUCCCCGACUUAUCGUGCCAAUAUGAUCCUCAAAGGGUGCUGCGUAUGUGGAGUUCGAUGUUCACCUCUCCAAGGAUGCCGUCCCGAUUGUGUACCAUGAUCUGACCUGCUGCAUCUCCACUAAAAAGGUAUAAAAAAAUGAAAAGACUUGUUACAUUUAAAGAUGUGAACUUGACUUUAACAGGGCUGAGUCCUCACUGAAAACUAAUGUUCUGCUUACAGAAAAACGACAAGACUUCUCUGGAGCUUAUUGAAGUGCCAGUCAAAGACCUGACCUUUGAUCAGCUGCAGCUCCUAAAGGUAAAAACCUGAUAAAAAGGUCUCCAAUCUGCAAGUUAGCAUAUGGAAAAAAUGAACUUUGGACUAAUUCUAUGAAGUUGCAGAGUAAUAUAGUGGGAACUGCUUAACCUCAUAACAGUAUCUUCAGCCAGUCACACUGUAGCAGAGUGCAAAGGAUGACUGUAUUAGGACAGUUAGCACCAUAAAAGAGUAAAUCAAUAGAGGCAGUGUUUAUGCACCAAUUACAUACUUGUUGCAAUACUUCAUAUACAUAAUAGAAAAUCUAAAAUAUCCUUGAACAGGAAGUUUGGAAAGAGUGCAAAAUGUCACAUUUUCCCUCAAGUUGAAUGAUUAAGCAUGUAUGAAUCAUUUGCUGACAGUGAAUGAAUGUUUUGUUUCGUCGCACAGCUGGCCCAUGCCACUGCAAUAAAAGAAAACGACGACAAAGGUAGGCAGUCUUUUUUUGUCUUUUACUUCUACACCCUUUAACAUCUUUCGAAGCUGUAUGCUGUAGUUUCUUUUAGGUUGCUGGCAGUUAACAGAAGUGUACGAAGGCUAAUGUCGAAUGUGUUUUGCUGUUGUCCAGAUCUGAUGGAGGAUGAGGAAGAAAUCGACGAGCAUCAGCCAUUCCCCUCCCUCUCACAGGUGAAACAUUUUGUGAUUCUUUUAUUCACAUUUAAAUCAACAGUUAAUGUCUAAUCAAUGUAAAAAGACGCCAUAGUUGUUAAAUUAUGACCUAUAUCUCCUCUAUAGAUCUUCCAAACUAUCCCUGAGCAUGUGGGCUUCAACAUUGAGCUCAAGUGGAUCUGCCAGAUGAAGGUGCGUAUACCAAGCCAGCAGGAUCAGUACUGCCAUCAGUUGUUCAAAAAACAUGUCCAGGGCCGGUCUCAGCUAGAUAUUUUCCUUGUUGAGUGUAAAAUGAUUCAAACUCUUGUCACGUCUGCUUCUUCAUCAACAGGACGGGUCAUGGGAUGGAAACCUGUCCUCCUACUUCAACAUGAACACUUACCUCGACAUCAUCCUGUCCUGCGUGCUGCAGAAAGGCGGGAAAAGACGCAUCGUCUUCUCCUGCUUUGACCCAGAUAUCUGCACCAUGUAAGCACACUUAGACACAGAGGAUUAAAGUCUUUGAAAAGGACAUUCACCAAAAACAUUAGAAUGCUAAAAAGCAGCUGUAUGCAUGUUUGAAAAGGUCAAUAACAAAGGUUUUGUUCCCCUUUCAGGGUUCGUCAGAAGCAGAACAAGUACCCCAUCCUCUUCUUGACUCAGGGAAUUUCAGAGAAGUAUCCCGAGCUGAUGGACAUCCGCUGCCAGACCACUCAGAUCGCCAUAAGUUUCGCCCAGAGUGAGAACAUUCUGGUGAGCAUUUCUAACAGAGUAUGAAUCAAGUAUUUAUAAGACAGGUUUUACAAUGUGGAUACUCUCUCUGCAGUCCAGGGCGAGUUGUAGAGCUCCAAUCACACACAUGUGGACUCUCUUACCAAACAGCGGUCUCAUUGUUGGGAUCUUUAACAUAUUUGGUUUAGUCUGCACAGUCCUGUCUACAGUCAACAAGUAUUACCGCAGUGACCUCCAGCAGACGUAGAGAAGUAGGUCAGCACCCUCAUGUCAGUCAAAACAGAAUUCCUCUUACCCAACAGGUCAGCUAGCGCAGCAAAACAGACAACUUUAAUAGUCUAAGCAGAACCGGCCGCAGACAGCUUAUGCAGCAUAAUCUGAAAAGAUUAAUUUUUUUUGUUAUGAAACACAAGCAGACUCUCAUUCUGUGACAUUGGGAUGUCUGACUUUGCCCUUUGUUCCAAACAAAAUGAGUGACUGCUGUGGUUGUUUUUCCCAUGCUCUCAGGGUAUCAGUGCCCACACUGAAGAGCUGCUAAAAAACCUCUCCUUCAUCGGGGACGCUCAGUCCAAAGGUCUGGUGGUGUUCAGCUGGGGAGAUGACAACAAUGACCACGAGAACAGGAGGAAGCUGAGAGAGCAGGGGAUCGAUGGACUCAUCUAUGACAGGUAGGUGUAAACGCAACAGGCCAGUCAAGAAACAUGAAGGGAUAUUCCAGCGUAAAAUUAAUUUGGGGUCAAACACACUAUAACACCGAGUUAGACACCCUCUCGAGAGAUGAAUGUUGCCGACAGCUUGCUUCUGUAGUUAUACCAACUUUGGUGACAAUGGCAGGAUAGCAAUACACAGCGGUCUGAGGAGCCGUCAACAAACCUCAACCAAAACACCACUCUAUAACCACAAAUAAUGCUCAGAACAGCACCUAACUUCACCAACAGUACAUGUACGGUCCCAGCUAUAGCACUAGCCACCAAACAUCUUUUUAAUUUCGCCUGAUUUCUUUCGCAAAGAGACUAAACACAACUCACCUACUCUCUUCCAGCAGCCGCUUGUUUGUAGCAAGAUCUCGGGCCAAUUUAUUACGGACUGCUGCGGGGUGUCACAGCUCAAGGAAGAACAUUUAUGAUCAUCUCUUCAUGGAAAUGCAAUCAGACUGAGACACUAAGGCAGAAGAACUACAGUGUCAGCAGUGCAAAAUGAUUAAUAUGGUGAUUAAUACUUCAAGGAAAUGAUCAUAAAUGUUCUUCCUUGAGCUGCGUCACCCUGCAGCAGUCGAUGGACUCGCCCGGAGGUCUCUGUACAAACAAAUGGCUGCUGGAAGAGAGUGGGUGAGUUGUGUUUAGUCUCUUUGCUAAAGAAAUUAGGCAAAGUUAAAAAGAUGUUUGGUGGCUAGUACUGUGGCUGGGACCCUAUAUGUACUGUUGAUGAAGUUAGGUGCUGUUCUGAGCAUUAUUUGGUUGAGCGCGUGGCUCUCUGUAUUACCAUCUGCGGUCGUGACUCAAGUUGGUAUAACUAGAGAAGCAAGCGGUCGGCAACAUUCAUCUCUCGAGGGGGUGUCUAACUCGGUGUUACGGUGUGUUUGACCCUUAAUUAAUUAUACGCGGGAAUAUCCCUUUAAUGAUCAGCAAAAGUGCAGCAUAGAUUACAUGAAUAUUCUGGUCAUAUUGUUCCUCUUACACCAACAUUCAUUUUCUGUUAAUUCUGUCCUAAUUCUCCUAAUUGUGUCUCCUGCCAUAAAAUCCUGUUACCCAACAAGCCCUCAUUACAUUCUGUUCAGUCUGACCUGCUGCUGCUUCGUCAAGUUCAGUCUGUAUUCACACAACCGUUAUUGAGCAGAGCUUUCACUUUCAUAGUCUUGAUUGCCGCUUAUCCUCGUCAUAUCGCUGAAUGUUUACAAAGCAGUUUUUAUCAGCGCAGUUGUUCAGUGUUCACAGUUAUAUAAUGAGCGGUUGGCGGACGUGCCAAUCACUUGGCACCUGAUGAAAAAUGUUGAUUAUUCAUUGAACAUGUGAGUGCCAAAGAAGUUACAUAAAGCCUCUUGAGCCUCUCGAGCAGAAUCAAACGAGUUUCCUCUGGUCUCAGCAAAGCCGCUCAGUCAGCAGGACCUGUUUGUUCAGCCGUUUCACUUCUGUGUUUCGCUAUACAAUGACAUUUGCUCCAUAUAUAUGUUCCACUUUGAAAGACCCCUGCUGACCAUACAUUUUGAACUCACAGCAGCGUCCACAGAUCCAGAUGUUGCUUUAUUUAACACCUGAACAUCAGAAGCGUUGACAUCUCCAGGUUGUUGUUGUAACUGUGCCUCUUUUUUACAGAAUUUGUGAAUGUUUGGUGCCAUAUUUUGACCCAAGUUCUUCAGAUUCCCGUAAUGUCUCUCUGGUUCCUGGCUGUGUUUUGUUUAUUUACUCACUUUACAACCCCUGGCUGGUUUUUUGGUUUCCCCCUCAAUUACUGCCUGAAAGCCCACUUUUUAUGGUGCGGACACACCCGAGGUCAGCCAAGACAACUUGUGACACCUGUCCACUUUGGCUGCUUCAUUCCUUGUCUUUCAAAAGAGGAGUCCGUUCCACUCCACAAAGUUCAUUAAGUUAUUUAUGGAAGUAAAUCCGUGCCAUCUGAUUUUGAUUUUGAAUUUCUAAAACUGAAUAUAUAUAUUUUUUGCAUUAAAAUCAGACUUUGACUUUCAAAACCAUUGAAUUUCAAGCGCACAUUUUUAUUUGUGACACUCAUUUUUUUCACAAUAAUGAAAUAAAUUCAGUGUAAAAAAAGAUCGGACUCUCAAAAUAUUUGUUUAAUAAAAAUUCGACUUCAAAACUGUGCAAAAAAAAUUCAGCAUUAAAACAAUUUCAGUAUCAAAAAAUUCAGGAAGAGGCAAUUGCUUUUCCCCAGUUACCCUGGUUACACAAAAUUUUUUGACACUGAAUUUUUUUUUUUUCAUGUAGAUUUUUUUUUUUUUUUAGUUUUUUUUUGUCAGAUUUUUAUUAAAUGAAAAUUUUGAGAGUUUGUGAAAAAAUUAAGUUCAACAUAAAAAAAAUUUCAGUGUCAAAAAAUUCAGGUAGAGGCAAUCGAUUCCUGGCUCGAUUGCUAUUCCCUGGUUACACUGAAUUUUUUGACACAGAAUUUUUUUUAAUGCUUAUUUAUUUAUUUAUUUUACUUUUUUUUUAAGUCGGAUUUUUAUUGAAUGAAUAUUUUAAGAGUCCGAUUUUUUUUACACUGAAUAUCUUUUAUCAUUGUGAAAAAAAUAAGUGUCAGAAAUAAAAAUGUGUGCUUAAAAUUCGAUGGUUUUCAAAUUCAAAUUUAUAAAUUUAAAUUCAAAAUCAAAUGUCACGGAUUUACUUCCAUAGUUAUCUACACUCACGACUGUUUGCCCUGAAUGAGUGGUUUUGACGUAAUGAAAAUGGAUAAAAAGUGGUGCUUCUCGCAUGCAACGCGCAGGGAAAGCAGCAGUGUGUCCGCACCGUUACACAUUACUGAGGAACAAACAUAAAAGUUCCUUGACAAUGAUGCAAGACGGUUGACUUCUCACAUGUCUCUCAUCCUGACAGUAAACAUUUACUGUUAUCAUUAUUAUUGCAGUUUCUGCUCCACCUGUUUGGAUUUUUAAAAACUUGGAUUGUAUCAAUAUUAGUUGUCUGAUUGGUCAACUGCCGUGUUUAUCAUUCAUAAAGCUGGUUUUGGGAGCUGACAGCUGGUUUACUUCCUGUUUUUUGUAUGUGGAUUUUUUUUUAAUUUAAAGUUGACUUUUUGUAACGCAAAACAGGCACCAAAGAAUGACUGGCUUAUUCAGUGCAUGAGGCCGCGUAACUUGACAUAUUGGCAUCUGAACUAAUUAAAAAAAUUUACAUCUGCAUCCAAACUGCGAGUUUGAAACCUCACCAUCUGCACCUAACAGCACCAAACCACCUCGACAACCUGCACAAUGUUGACUUUUCAAAACAGAAUGAAGUGUUUUCUUUUGGCACAUUUCUAAAAGCAACCUGCACUUCAGUGCUUGUAUUUAUCCCCACAGCUCCUGUGUCAAGUGUGUUUUCUAUUAUUUGCAAAAAUUUAAGUUUGUUUUCACUCAGCCUGUCCUGCAGUUUAGUUUCGUUAUAAACCGGGUGAUUGCACUGGAUGCUUUUUUAAAGCUGGAAUAGCUUCACUGCUUUGGGUCUUUGGUGGCUGCUUCACCAAGUCAUAACCAGAAUUUCCUGCUUGACAAAGAUCCUGGAUUUACUUGGACUGCUUGGUGGUCACAUUUGUCUCACUGUAAGAUUCAGAUAUCUGGAUAUUUGUACGCUAAUCUACCAGAACAGCAACCAGCACAAUCAUACCAAAAUCUGCUGACAGUAACUUGGAAAAAGCUGCUGUAUGGUAAUGUUAUUGUUGAAGAAGUGAAUAUCAUGCUAAUCGAUCUAUUCCUGUUUAUUUUUUUGCAUCUUGACUGAUGAAUGUAAUAACAUGGUUGAUUUGAUGAAUUCAGAUAAUAUAUUUUUAAUACUUAAACCAAUACAUUAGUCAGAAUCAUGUUUUUUUGUAAGGUAGGACUAAAUAUAGAUUCAAAAAGUAAAAAAGAAAAUGUCUGAUUGAUUGAAUGACAGUGAGUUAUUGUUAAAUCAUAACUAUCCUCUCUAAUAUUUCAAUCCUGUCUACUGCAAAGUAUCAGUAAAGUGAGUGAAACAUAGUGUUUAUAUCUAUUUUACAUAUACUAAUACAGCCUAACUAAAUGAUGUCUCCUUGUUUUUCUUCAGUAUCUGUGAGGACCAAGGAGAGCAGCCAAACAUCUUCCAGGUAGAGGAGCAGCACACCCUGCAGGAGGUGAUUACAGAGGAGACCCUCAUGAGCUCCACCUGCUCCUGCUACUCCAUCCCGUGCUCCAUGGCCCCCUGUGUCAACUCCAAGGCCAGAGCCGGCAGCGCUGAGUCCGACUCUGGACUCAGCUCUUCAUAAACACCCCUGCAAUCCCACCUUUUAAUGGACCUCACUGCACAUACACUCUGAAGAGGACCAUAGUGGCAAAGGAAGGGGGUGUAUUUGUCAUUUAAACAUGUACUGAGAGAUUCGUUUCGUGACCUUACUCCAACAUGGAGAGGAAAUGUGUCAUUUUCCCCCCGUCAUACGUGAUCCUAAGAGUAAAGCCACUGAGGGCAGCUCCACUCCACUGUGCACAGUGUUAGAUUUUUUUGUCUUGUCUCCACAAAGGUGAAGGAUCUUGCGUAUUUUUCGCACUAUAGGGCGCACCUGAUUAUAAAGCGCACAAACAGUCCGAUAAGUCAAACUUUAUGUAACUCAUCCAAUAACUCCGCGAGGCUACGGUAGCUGCAGUGCUCCGAGAGGCCAAAAGGAUUUUACGUGCGCUUUAUAGUGUGAAAAAUACGAUAUGCACAUUGUUGAAAUUCGGUGGGUGUUUUGCCAAAACAUGACGGCAGCCAUAUAUUUGAAUAUUUUCUUUUUGUGAUGGACAUACGAAAGCUUAGAGAUUAGAACAGGCUGUAAAAGUGAUUCAGAAUAGUGAAUCAAUAUUAGCAUGGGUGCUGAUAUAUUUAUUUAGCCAAUUUCCUGCAUCUCCUGGAGGUUGAAGUGCUACGAUGUAAUGCAUAUUUUACAGAUAAAAAAGCAGAGCUGCAAGUCGUAAAUGGUAAAAUCGAUGAUGAUGCAGGAUUAUGCUGUUUUAUCUCAUUUGUGCAUGUGGCCAUUACCUUCAGUGUUGAAUUCAUCGUCUGAAAAAGCUGCGGGUUGAAGCUCAUUGUUCAAACAGUCAGAAAGAGUUCGGAGGAUGAAGUUUGCAUGCUCUGUAUCGUGUAAGAUGUGCGUUUUCAUGAGAGUGUGUGCUUUAAUGAAUGUAUGCUCAUCUCUGGAUUUCAAACUUUUGCCCACACACCUUUUAAAAGUGACAAUUGUAGAUUUCAAACUGGAUGUUAUUUAUACUUUUUUUUUUUUUGCGGUCGUGGAAAAGCAGAAGAAUGUUCUAUUUGCUUUAAGCGCACAAACAUACCACAGCCUUAUCGGGGAAAAGCAUGAGUGUUUCUUGAAUUUUUCUUUUUCUGUCACCAAUACCUCACCUGUCAUUUCUAAGAAAGUAGACAAGUAGACUUGACUAGAGGCAUUUGGACUGAAUAAGACAUUAGCACUUCUUUCCUUUCAUAAACAAACUUCACAGCUCAGCUCCAAAAAUGUACACCGCAUCAUAUAAACGCAAUCAUAAUGCCGCUUCUUGAACACAGCUGAAUAAACACAUUCAUUGUAUUCUAUCUGUAUAUCUUUCAUAUCCCACAAACAAGUAACCGAAUCAAGCAUGGUCUGUGUAUCUUCUGUUAAAAUGAACAUCAGGGGCUAAAAGUCUAGUGUAAGGCAUAAUCUGCCACUUCAGGAAAGAAGCGUGUAUGUGGCAAUGUAAAUAAAAUCAAAACAGACUAUUUUAUCAAACACAUUAUUUGCCGUUUGUCUUGUUUGCUGCCUCUUUCUUCUUUGGCCUCUUUCACUGUCUUAAAAUUCCUGUAAAUAGUCUUUUUAUAUUUGUUCACAUGUAUAAUGAAAAAGUUGCUUCAGGAACAUUAGAAAAAAAGUGGUAAAGAGGACGACAACAAGUCGGUUUGUCUAUCA